AUGAGUUCCACCAGCUACAAGCAUUACCAUGAUAAGAAUUACCCGGCAAAAAGAUUUGUUGAAAUUUACUUUUGUGAUGAUAGAAACCCAUUAAUAGAGGAAAGCAUGGAGUUUCCACUGGAACAAAUACACAAAGACAUUGAUUCAGGUCUGUAUAAAAUGUACUAGGUAUUAAAAUGUCUAUGAGCUCUCAUUUUGUGACUUUAUUCUAUGGAAUGAAAUAUGCAAUAAAAAUGUAUAUUUUUCUCUUCUAUCAACUGCUUUCAGAAUGGCUUUAAUCAAAUUAAUGAAGUGCAAGUAUAGUAUAAUUAUGAAUACACCCACAGUAGUGAGUACUGACUACUUAAUUUAUUAAUUAACAUUCAGAUUUCCUAAUUCAGUACAGAAUAAUAUUUUCUGUGUGGAGGGACAGUGAGGUUGUAAAAGACAGAUGUAUGUGGAGGGUUAGAUUUAUGGACACCUGAGACAAGAACGUUUACUAUGAAAGACUACAAGGGAAAUCCAUCUGGGGUUAAAAAUUUUACGGACGUAUCUAAAUUCCAGAGAAGUGACAGCUACCUAUUAAUGCAGAUCCCUGUAAGAACAGGUUAAUUAUCACCGUUUCAGUCAUAUAACAAUAUCUGAGUUGCAAGAAGCAUUGUAUAGAAUGGACAUAUUAGCCCUUGCCUUUUAUCAUCUUCAGGACUCGUGAAGGGAGAAACAUUGAUUGAUUUCAGUAUGGGAGCCACAGCAACCCAUCUUAUACCAGUCUGCAGUGGAUUCAAAGAUAUAUACGUGGUAGAAGUUAAUAAGGUCAACAUUGAUGAAUUUGAGAAAUGGCGUCAAAGCAAAGAAGACGCUGUUCACUUCUCAUAUGGAGCGAAGGUUCAUCAUAAGUUAGAAGGUGGCAGGUAAUGUAUGAUUUAGACAAUAUUUUAUUAUUGUUAUAUUAAGUCAUUCUGUUAAAAACAGUGAGAUCUAUUUACAGCAUCAAAUUAUAUCUGCAGAACCCGGAUAUCUUGUCUCUUGCUUGGAUAUAAAACCACCAAUGAUUAUGGAACUAUAAAACUACAGCUAUUAAAAAAUGUCUAUGUUUAAUUUUAUUUAAUAAAUGGUUUAGAUCGAUUUAAUUACAACUGUUAAAGGCUUAUCAGAAGCUAAAAUAUAUUUGAAUACUGAACCAACAGCCUAUAUUUUACAUGUUGCCUAUAGACUUUGAUGAUUUAAUUUUAAUGGUCACAUAGUGAUCAUUAAAUGGGAUUAUCAGAUCUGACAGCUAAAAGCUGUUGAUAAAUGCCUUUUUUGACUAUCUGCUUGCUGGCAGUACUAGCGGCCAGUGGGUAGAGAGUUAAAAAAAAUAUUGGAGACCCCUACAUUAAUACAUGGGAGGUUUUACACUUUUCGCAACAUCACAGUAUAUAUGACUGCUGACUCCUUUGAUCCCCGAAUCCCAUUACCCUUCCAUUCCCAAUAUGUAACGCAACACUAUCCUUACCUUUUUGUGACAUUUUACCCCACUCCCUCUAGCAUGUAAGCUCAUUGAGCAGGGCCCUCAACCCCUCUGUUCCUGUGUGUCCAACUUGUCUGGUUACAACUACAUGUCUGUUCGUCCACCCAUUGUAAUGCGCUGCGGAAUUUGACGGCGCUCUAUAAAUAUCAUAAUAAUAAUAAUAAUAAUAACACCAUGUUAAGUGGGCAAGGGCAACGAUCACAGCUUUAUAUAAACCAGCACAACCAAAUACUGUCAGCUGCUGGUUUUACCCAGCAGAUAGGUACAAUUUAAAUUUCUUCCAGAGUCUCUUCAGCCUGUGCUUCGUCAUCAACUAAAUUAAGGCUGCAACUCCCCAAGCCCGUCCGGGCAUUAUUCAUUUUCCAAACUUGCUGGCGCAGGAAACCUGCAGCUGUGACAAAAUUAAAAACAACGAAAACACAACACAAAACAACAAUUCCAGAACAGAACCAUUGGAGAGGGUGGGUGGGGAAAGACACUGCCACGCUCCCUCAGCAUUGUUCACCAGUAGUUUGGUAAGUUUUCCCAGAAUUCACUGCUUUUCAACUGUAAAACCAACUGUACCCUUUUGGUUGCUAUGCCAACCCCUCAGGGCAGCAGUCAUUCUCCCCCCUUCCUAACACUCUACUGUAUGAAUCCUAACAGGACAGUAUAAGAACGUAUUAACGGUCCUUAGAAUGGCCAGGCUUAGCAUGUACCAGAGAGAUAGGAAUAGCCGUAAACAAGCCAAGGUCAGAGGGAGCCAAAAAUCAAAUAAGCAAGAGACAAAGCCAAUUUAAGGUUGUCAGAGGUCUGAAUAGUCAAGGGAUAGCCAGGUCAAAUAACAGAAAGUCAAAGUACACAAGAACCAAAUAGGAACCAGAACAGGGAACAUUCUAACAGUGAAAUUUAGGUUUUAUAGCCUUUGUGAAAUUGACUCCAUUUCCAUCAACUCUGUGCACCCAAAACCAUACGUGAGAAUUAGAUUCAAGGAGACAGCUCAUAUUUGCAUCUAAUUUUGAUGCAUGAAUACGGCAUCAUCAAUUAGUAUUGUUGCGCAGCAUCCAACUCCCCAAUUGAUGCCAGAAUUGUUCAGGAUCAAUAAUAGGACUCCAAUAUGACACAGAGGUUCACUAAGACUGCAUGAGUGGGCAGGUACCAUUGCACACAUGCCGCCACUCAACAUGCCGCAAGUGGAGUCAUGUUCACUAAACAACAAGCAGCUAAUGACUGCUUGCUAUAAUAACUAGCAACUGGGAAGCUAUUAAUAUUGUAGGGCGUAGGCAGGGUUUUUCUUUUUUAUUGGGAUGGUGACUAGGGGUUUGGAAAUCUCUAUCGAGCUGGCAGGGACCUUGCCACAAUUAUUGAUGGAGUGACAAGGGCAUGUUAGCUCUCCACCUCUAUAUUUAGUUAAUAGUCACACUAGCCACAAAUGGGUCAGAGACAUAAGGUCACCCUACGUUCCCCCUCACAUAUUAUUUGAUAGCUAGCUAUGGAUAGGAACAUGGGGGGAUGACAUGUCCCCAUUGCUGUAUUAUUUUAAUUAUGGACCCAUUGUAAGAGCACCAGUGCCCAAUCUCACCUGGGGUGUAUUAGUUGCUGGGUAGUAACAGCUGCCCGGGCAUUUGUCUCAUAUGACAAUUAGCUGUUUUGUAGACUUGCCAUUAACUGUGGUGUGAGGGGGCUUUAGGGAGGUUUAAGACUUCCCUUAUACUAAUAUUGACCCUCAGAAGCUAUCAUCGUAUUUCUUUUUUAAUGAAUAGCAGGAUUAAUUAUUACAUCAUAUAUAAAAACGUAGGGGAUGAUCUGCUAAAUCAAAGUAAACAAAAUCACAUAGUAUAUAACUGUGUGUAUCAGUGAACCACAGGUGUUAUGACAAAUGGCCACUUUCACAGAUGUAAACAAGCCUUGAAUAAGAAUUCCUUCUCAGAGGUCAGCUUAAUUCUUCCAUCACAUUUCUCCCAUAGAUGAAUGAGCUCAGGAUAAAAUGAAAAUAAAAUUAAAGUAGACUAUCCAGAGUAUAAAAGGAAAUGUAAUAACUUCAGAUUAAAAACAAUCUGUGUCACCACUAGGCGUCCUACGCAUUUCAUCCAGUGGCAGGACUUCCUCAGGGACUUGUGUGGUGUAUAACAGCAAUAAUCAAAAUGAGCAAAUACAAUAAAAACCCUUUGCUUCCCCUCCCCCCGUCAUUUAUACACCCCUCCAUAAGUUCAUUAUUGAUGAAAUUCCUCUCCGGUGAGCUCCUCCUGUGUAGGCGAUCUCCAUGAUUGUGUGCAAAUAAUGAAAUUUUGUCUUUCUUUUGUUUAUAUCUUUGAUUUAUACAGGCUUUGCAAGAAUUACAUGGAUUGAAGCCAUGAAUGUUUAGUGUUGUACCCUUCUUUGGAAUUUUUAGUGUGUAGCUUGGUGCUAGUAUGUUUUUCAAAUUUUUUGAUUUUUUUUAAAAUAAUUGGUGUCUUUUUUGGAAGUACUUUGCAUAAAAUGGGGUCCUUACAUAAGAUUUUCCAAUGUCUAUUUAAAAUCUUUUUUUAUUUUCCAAUGCCGUGAAAAUCUAUGAUCUUUUUUGGAAGCUUUUUUGGGUUUGGGUGUCAUUAGAUCUUUUCUAUUCUUUAUUCCAAUUUCCCUAAUUUCUUUUUCAAGUAAUGUUGGUUCAUAUUUUUUUAUUAUAAAUUUGUUUGUCAGAUGUUUAUCCUGUUCCUUAUAAUCUGCAUCCCUUGUGCAGUUUCUUCUGACUCGUGUUAACUGACCUUUUGGGAUAGUUCCAACCAUUUUUCGUGGUGGCAACUUUUUCGAUGAAUAUAGCUGAAUGUAAGUUAUUAAAUUUCCUUUUAUACUCUGGAUAGUCUACUUCAAUUUUAUUUUCAUUUUUUCCUGAGCUCAUUCAUCUAUGGGAGAAAUGUGAUGGAAGAAUUAAGCUGACCUGUGAGAAGGAAUUCUUAUUCAAGGCUUGUUUACAUCUGUGAAAGUGGCCAUUUGUCAUAACACCUGUGGUUCACUGAUACACACAGUUAAAUGCUAUGUGAUUUUGUUUACUUUGAUUCAGCAUAUCAUCCCCUACGUUUUUUUUAUAUAUUGUACUGAAGACAAGAGGAGGUCUAUGGGGAUACCUGUGGAUACUUUACCCUAUUCAGGGAAGUUCCUCUCUACUAAUAUUUAUCAAACACUUUUUUCACUGUGGUUUGUGCACACUUCUUGUCUUUUUUGUAUUGUUAAUUAUUACACGCAUAUAUAUAAUUUCAAAGCCCAUUUAUCUGCUUUUUGUCUUUUUCCAACAGCCUACCCAUUUAUCAUGUUCAGCUGCUAGAAUUUCAUUUGGUAUUAAAUCUUGUCAACAUUUGUUUGAAAAAUUAGCAGAAAACAGUUGAUAUGUAUUGAGGCCAUUCUUUUUAUUAAAAAAAAAAAAGUACAGAUGAUUACGGAACUAUUGAAAGUCUAUUAAAUAUUAUCUUUUAUCCAGUGUUGAUGAGUACACUUGUUUUAAAGUAGGUAAACUAAAACAUAGAAUACAUUAUAGGUUUGAUUUUACCUUAAGGGAUAAUUUCUGAGACAAGUUUAUAAAAGCUAAGAAAUCACCAUCGAAACCAUUGGACUGUCCCUGCCCAUUGCUGCAAUUUCAGAAUUUCCCCAGAACUGCACUGCUUUUUGCCGAGAGCCAAUAUUUCAUUAAACCUCCUCCAAGAUAUGAAAGACAAAUCUACUAUGCGUUUUGUAAUGUCUGUGUUUUUCCCAUUGCAGAGAAGCAUGGCACUUGAAGGAAGACAAAAUAAGACAAGCAAUAAAAGGCGUAAUACAAUGGGAUAUUUCUAACGACGAUCAGGUCCCUGUCGAUUUACCCCAAGCAGACUGCGUUCUCAGUGUAUAUCUUCUGAAUGUUAUCAGCAAAGACAAAGAAGCCUUUCAGAGAAACAUGAAAAAAAUUACAUCCCGACUUAAAAUAGGGGGGAGCCUGUUACUAAUUUUUGUCAUAAAUAUGACAUUUUAUGAGGUUGAUGAUCACAAGUUCUUCGUUUUAAAAGUCGAUGAAGAUUUUAUAAAACAUUCUGUGAUUAACGCUGGUUUUGUCCUUGAAAAUGUGAAUGUAUUACCUAGACAAAAAAACACUAAACUGGUUGAUCACGAUGCCGUAAUGUAUGUAAGAGGCCGCAAGGAAAGGGAAGCUUAG